AACAAAACAAUUUGGAAAGAAGGUCAUUUCUUUAAUUAACAUAAUCAACUCUUUUCUUUUCUCCUUAUCCCUAAAGCUAAAGAGUUCAUCUUUGGGUUUCGGAUUGCGUCUCAGUCUCUUCACUAUCUAAAUUCUGUGUGUUUUAAUUUGCUUUUGCCAAUCUUUCUGCUCGAUUGAAGAGAAUGACGAACAGCGUAUUCAAGCAAGAGCAUAACUUUGAGAAGAGGCGGGCUGAGGCUUCAAGAAUCAGGGAGAAAUACCCAGAUAGAAUUCCUGUAAUUGUUGAGAAAGCUGAGAGAAGUGAUAUUCCAAACAUUGAUAAGAAAAAAUACCUUGUUCCUGCUGACUUGACUGUUGGCCAAUUCGUCUAUGUAAUUCGGAAGAGAAUUAAACUGAGUGCAGAAAAGGCUAUCUUCAUAUUUGUGGACAGUGUCCUCCCACCUACAGGAGGCUUAAUGUCUACCAUCUAUGAAGAAAAGAAGGAUGAUGAUGGGUUUCUCUAUGUUACAUACAGUGGAGAAAACACAUUUGGUUAGCUGCAGAACAUGUUUGUCAAUAUCUUUUAUCAAUUUCCAAUUGAUCUAUUGAACUAUAACAGCAAUUUGGGUCACAUAAGUCAUGUUUUCUUUCCAAGUAUUUAAAUGUACAGUUAUAGCUGCUAUGUAUAUAGCACAUUGGAACAAACUUUUAAUGAACGAGUUCGUAAAUAAUUUCAUAUUCUA